GAGCCAAGAGAAUGGGAAGGUGGAGGCGGGCUGGUAAUGACUCAGAUUACAGGGGCUGCUCCUCCUACACAGGGGUGUUCCUCUGCCCUGUACUCAGCACACACUCUACACACAUCACUAUCCUGACCGAGGAGGACACAGCGGCUGCAUCUGACUCUCUGCCACCAGAACGCACCUUAACAUCCCACAAACAUGGUCCCUUCCGAGCUGGAACAAGCAAUGGAGAUCCUGAUGUUCACCUUUCACAAAUAUGCCGGUGACAAGAACUAUAUGUCCAAGGAAGACCUCCACAAGAUGAUGGAUAAAGAAUUCGGCGAAUUCCUGAAGAACCAGAACGACGCACUGGCAGUGGAUAAAAUCAUGAAGGAUCUGGAUCAAUGCCGUGAUGGGCGUGUCAACUUUCACAGCUACUUCUCUCUCAUCGCUGGUCUGACCAUCGCCUGUAAUGACUAUUACUCUAAGAACAUGAAAAGCAGGAAGUGAGGCAGAAGAGCCCCCGGGACCCAUAGAUCUGCCAAUCUCUCCACAGGGGUGCCUUCCCCCAUCUGUCCACUCUGAGUCCGCCCUACCGCCAUACCCAUAAUAAACUCCUGUUUUUGUA